AUGCGCAUGUGUUCUUCCCUCAAUCAUUUGAACUUGGCCUCUGGUAGUGUCGUUGAAGCAGAAGCUUUGUUGGAAGAUCAUUUGGCUGACAUUUGGCCAGAUUUUCCCUGUCUUUAUGACGUGCGAUGUCCCGAAUUUAAAAAUCGGGAUUUACGUGAAAAUGCGUACGAAGAAAUCGCUGAAAAACUCGGAAAAACAGUUGAGUGGGUAAAGUCAAAAAUCCGAUCACUGCUAAAUCGUUUCGUAAAGGCGAAAAAACCUCCACCCACUGGCAGUGCUAGAAAAAAUCCAUCUCAUCGAACCAUUUGGAUAUUAGAGAAGUUACAAUUUCUAGCACCUCAUGUUGCGACACGGACUUCAAUUUCGAAUAUUAACUCUGAAUCCGUUGGCACUCCUCAAGACACAAGUUUCACCCAAGAGGAUGAUGAUGAUUACAACAAUGAUUUAAAUAUUAAUGAAAGUGAAAAUGAAAUGGAACAUCAUCGAGUGGAUGGUGCAGCAGCAAGGUCUACGAGUCAGCCUAUACAAAGGCCAACUACUUCAAGGAAGAGACAGGCUGAAGAAGAAUUUAAUUUGAUUAAACGUUUGUCAAGUUCAAUAGCCAAGAAGAGAAAACGCAGAAAAGAAAAUAAUGGUGGCAACAUGUUGGAUGGUUUUGGAGUCUAUGUGGCAAAGGCACUUUCGGAAUUAGAUCCUAGAACUUGUCACCUUGCACAAAAUAAAAUAAAUGGUAUAAUUUUUCAAGCACAGGCUGGUCAAUUAGUACCAACUCAAGAAAUACCCCCACAAAUGCUUCGUGCACAAUCACAAAGAAAUUAUUUCAAUCCAAAUGUAAGCAGUGGUAUGCCAUCAAGUUCAACACCACCACUGUACUAUGAAAACAAUGCAUCAUACAGAGAUGACCAUAUGCAUAUGUCAGGUGCCUGGCAAAGUUGA